AGAAAAAACAAAGGACGCGAAGGACUGUCAAGAGGGGGGUGCUUCGUCGUCUUCUUCGGGCCGCAUCACUACUCGCCAGUAUGCAGCAGCACCGCUUGAGGCAGUUGAGCAGUUGAGCCGAGCUGAGCUCUCUCCCUUUCCUUCCUUCCUCCGCCCACUUCUCGCCAUCAUUUCCCUCUUUCCAGCUUUUCCUUGUAGUUGCCCUGUGGACUGUGCCCCUGCUUGCCUGCCUGCCUGCUGCUCGCUUUGCUGCUCUCACUCACUGCCUUUUCUCUCCCUCUUUCUUAAAAGGCUGCUCCCUCCCUCUCACUCCCCCCCCUCUCUCUCUCGCUGCCUUGGCUCAGCUGCCAGUGAGGUCAAAUAGCCAUCCACGCACCUCUUUCUCUCUCUUUCUUGCACAAUCGAUCCUCCUUUAUCCCCUUGUUUGAGAUUCCGACGCCCAGCCUCUCCUCCAUUUCUUGGGUGCUCCCCAUGGCCAUGGCUUCUUCUUCCACGGCGGCAGCUGCCAGCCACCCAACGGAUCCAAAGCGCCGCCUUUGACCUCACCCACCUACAAGUACAGUCCCCAACAAGCUCUCUCUGCUCAGCUAGUGGUAGCAGUUAGUUUGUUGGUUAGUUGGUUGAGUCGGAUGGAGAGCAGAUGGAGGAAGGCCAAGAUGUCGCUGGGGCUGAACCUCUGCGUCUACGUGCCCCGGACGCUGGACGACGACGGCUCGCCGUCCACGGGCUCCUCCACGGCGGCGCUCGUCUCGCCGGCGGCCUCCUCCGCCGCCACCAGCGCCAACACCACCCCUACGGCGGAGCAAGCUGCGGCUGGCAAGGUGCUCAUGCCGACCACCCCCACGCCCACCUCCGCCGGCCUCCGCCUCUCCAAAUCCGGCAGCAAAUCCUUCAAGAAAACAUGUGCAAUAUGCUUGACUAUAAUGAAACCUGGUCAGGGCCAUGCUCUAUUCACAGCAGAGUGCUCACAUACGUUCCACUUCCAUUGUAUAGCUGCAAAUGUUAAGCACGGAAGCAACAAUUGCCCAGUUUGCCGCACCGAAUGGAAGGAACUUCCAUUUCGGGGUCCAUUGCCUGCUGAAUUCCCUCAAGGAAGUGCAAGGAUCAAUCCCGUUAAUGGACACCAAAAUGGUGGCCACAUGACGCUAUUGCGACCACUCCCUCGUGCCCGUUCUUCUGGGCGGCUUCAUCAUGUGACCAGUUUGUUGCCUGACACUGACCGAAGUAUUUUCAACGACGAUGAACCCUUGGAGUUAUGUGAAGCAACUGAGGACCCCCAACAGGGAUGUUUGAGAACAGUAGAGAUAAAGACAUAUCCUGAGUUCACCGAAAUACCAGAAAGUACUUCCGAAAGGAACUUCACCAUCCUAAUUCAUCUAAAGGCGCCCCUUGCUCAGAAUUUGCAGAAGCCUGGCAGUCCUGAGUGUGUUAAUGGCCCGAACACGGGUCGAGCACCGAUUGAUCUUAUCACAGUGCUUGAUGUCAGUGGCAGCAUGGCUGGUACGAAACUUGCAUUGCUGAAGAGGGCCAUGGGGUUUGUCAUUCAGAACCUUGGAUCCUCAGAUCGGCUUUCUGUCAUAGCCUUCUCUUCAUCUGCACGGAGGCUCUUCCCUCUUCGUCGGAUGACCGAAUCUGGUCGUCAGCAAAGCUUGCUAGCAGUUAAUUCUCUGACCUCAAAUGGUGGCACUAAUAUUGCUGAAGGUCUUAGGAAAGGCUCCAAAGUGAUUGAAGAACGGCAGGCCAAAAAUCCAGUCUGCAACAUCAUCCUUUUGUCGGAUGGGCAAGAUACAUACACCGUCUCACCAACUGCUGGUGUACACAAAGCUGCAGUGGAGUACUGUGCGCUCUUGCCAUGUACUAAGAAUGGUAGUCAGCAGGUACCAGUUCAUGUCUUUGGAUUCGGUGCUGACCACGAUGCAGUUUCGCUGCAUUCGAUCUCGCAAACCUCUGGUGGGACCUUUUCAUUCAUUGAGACAGAGGCUACUAUCCAAGAUGCAUUCGCCCAAUGUAUUGGUGGACUUUUGAGUGUAGUCGCACAGGAUCUGCAUGUAAAGGUGGAGAGCCUCCACCCUGAUGUGCACUUUGGCUCCAUCAGAUCAGGCAGCUACUCUAGCAGAAUUACAGAUGAUAAGAGGAAUGGGUCCAUAGAUGUUGGUGAUCUGUAUGCAGAAGAGGAGAGGGAUUUUCUCAUGUCUGUAAACGUUCCGCAGGGUUAUGGCGAAACAACACUUCUCAAUGUUAGCUGUGUCUAUAAAGAUCCACUGAUGAAGGACACCAUCAAUAUGUCUGAUGUGAAAGUGAAGAUAUCCAGGCCAGCAUUCGUGUCAGUACAAAGUGUGUCGAUCCAGGUGGACCGCCAGAAGAACCGUCUUCAUGCAGCAGAGGUGAUGGCUGCAGCAAGGUUUUCUGCUGAGCGUGGUGACCUAACGCACGCUGUUUCUUUGCUGGAAGACUGCAGGAGAAUGAUCAUGGCGUCAGCAUCAGGACAGUCCGGUGACCGGCUGUGCCAAUCAUUGGACGCCGAGCUUAAGGAGAUGCAGGAGAGGAUGGCGAAUCGCCAGAGGUACGAGGCGUCAGGCCGGGCCUACGUCCUCUCAGGCCUGAGCUCGCACUCGUGGCAGAGGGCAACAGCCCGUGGCGACUCCACAGACAGCGAGAGCCUAAUCCAGGCGUACCAGACUUCGUCCAUGGUCGACAUGCUGCUGCGCUCCCAGACGCUGAGCCGCUCAUCGGCCCCGCGGCAAACUCCGCAGAUGAGGCACGCCAAAUCGUUCCCGGCACGCCCGCAGCCUAGGUAAAACCGCAUUCUGGUGAUCAUCGUCGACAACGCCGAUAAGGAUUCGGCUGGAUUCUAGAUUCUGUGAACUUAGUCAUCGUAGUAGUAGCCGCAGCAGCUGUAGUAGUGUCAGUUGGGUUCUUGGUUUUUGUGGAGGGAGGACGGGGUGGGGUGGUAUAGCUUGUGUGGUAUAAGGAGAUGUAAAUUUAUUUGGGGAGGUGGGUAUAAGUGUUUGUGGGGGAAAUGGGGUAAGAGAGAGAGGGUGUUGGUUUACUUUUUGGUAAUUGGUAUGGUAUGGUAUACUCCAGUAUUUGUACUGCUAGCUUCCCUUGUGUGGUGUUGGUGAUGUACAUAAAGAGAAGGGUAUACAUUUGUGAACCGAAUUGAAUCGUGGAGGGGUUGUUAAUUUGCUUCAUGGAUGGAUGGAUGCA